AUGAAAGAUUAUACAAUUACUGUCUUAGGAUGUGGUGUCAUGGGUACUGCUGUCACUUCAGCCAUCAUUAAAGCUAAGUUUGAACCAUACCCAUCAAAGAUUAUCUGCUGUACCAAUUCAGAAAAACUGUCGUCUGAAUUGAAAUCAAAAUUAGACAGUGACUUGAUAGAAACAUCGUUUGGUUCAGAGUCGAACAACAAAGCAGUUGCAAAGGCAGAUAUUGUGAUUUUGGGGUGUAAACCAUUUAUGUUCAAGGAUGUAUACGAACAAGUCAAAGACUCAUUAAGUGGUGAUCAAUUAAUUAUUUCGUUAUUAGCCGGAACUACUAUUGAAGAAUUAAGUAUUAUGUCACCAUAUGUAGCCAAGGUUAUGACUAAUACUCCAGCUCAGUUUGGAUGUGGUAUGGCAGUUGUUUCAUUCUCAGCCGAAGCCGAGCCUAAAUAUUCUGAUUUGGUCAUGAAAUUGAUUGAUCCAGUUGGCAAAGCCAUGAAAUUACCAGAAAAAAAUAUGGAUGCUGCAACAGCAUUGGUUGGAUCAGGUCCUGCUUUUUGCUUGUUAAUGAUGGAAGCAUUAGUUGAUGGCGGUAUUAGAAUGGGGCUUCCAUAUGCUGUGGCCAAGGAAUCCGCCGCAAAAGUUAUGGAAGGUACCGCAAAGAUGGUCUUAGAAACUGGUGAACAUCCUGCCGCUUUAAAAAGUAAAAUCUGUACACCUGGUGGAACUACAAUUGGUGGUUUAUUAAAAAUGGAAGAUGCUGGUGUUAGAGGAGGUAUUGCGAGAGCAGUCGAAGAAGCUGCUAAUAUUUCCGCCUCCUUUGCUAAAAAGAAAUAG